AUGCAGAGCGGAGCGGGGCACGGCGAUCGCGCUGAUUGGCUGCGGCGCGGCGAAGAUGGGGGCUGACAGCCGUUGGCGCGGCGUUUGAAGAUGGCGACGGCGGCCCGAGGCUCGCUGGGGGCGGCGGACGGCAGCGGUAGCUCCGUGGAUUCGGCCCCGCCGGAGGUGGUGGAGGCCGUGGCCACGGAGUGGAUGCUGGAGUUCGCCUGCUCCUCCCUGUGCCGGCACUUCGCGGAGCAGAGCGGGCCGCAGUUCUGGCGCUGGAGGGACGUUGCGCAGGCUCUUAUUAAUGGUUUCUCCCAAAUACCCCCACAUCAGAAAAAAACAGUAUAUCUCUGCCAGCUUUUGAUAAGAAUUGCACAAGGGAAAAAUCUUGGAUUACAGUUUGAAAAUGAUCCAAGAAUUUCACCUUUGGAAUCUGCUCUGUCUUUCUGGACUUUACUCGAAAGGGAAGAAAUUAAACUGGAAAAAUUUCAUGAAGAAAUUCGUCGCUUGAUUCAAAUUCAGAUUGUAGCAGUCCAUAUGGAAAACAGAUAUUUCAAGGAAGCUGCUGAAGUUCUUGAAAGGUUGUUCACAGACUCUGAAUCAGAUAAGCCUUUAAGGGUGAAGCUGGCAACCAUCAUUAAAACCAAGGAUCCAUAUGUUCCUCUUCUCCAAAGCUUCAGUUACAGUCUUUUGAUACGUAAAAUCAAGUCUUACAUUGAACUUUUCAUGAAAGAAAAUGAAACUAACUUCUUAAGACAGGAAGCCACAAAACAUGUGACAUCUAAAGGGUUGAGAGCAACAUUGCAAAACAGACCUGUGGAAGUCAAUGAAAAUGACAAAAAUGAUUUGGAAACAAAACAAAGAUUGAUGAAAGAGAAACAGUGUAUCACAAGUCAGUCAUCUGUAAGCAUAAAAAAAACCAUAGCAAGUUAAAAAAUGAGACAUUCAGGACGGAAGCCCAAAGAGAGCAGAGCUCUUCGGAGUCUUAACGACUUGCAAAAUGUGGGAAAAAAUGGAGUUUCUUUGGCAUGUAGCCGAAAAAGACAGCUAUGGACUCACAAAGAAGACUUGGAGCUGAAAUCGGGAGUAAGGCAGUUUGGAGUGGGUAACUGGGCUAAAAUUUUAGCCCAUGGUAACUUCAACAACCGAACAAGUGUCAUGUUGAAAGACCGGUGGAGGACACUGAGCAAGAUCAAACAAAGCUGAUUUGGACUGCAGGAACCAACUCUUCUUGACUUUUCCCUAAAUGAGGACCUACUCUAGCUUUUCAGAAUAACAUCUUAUUUUAGUCUCAGAGUGUCCAGCAGUGUUGCUGUCCUAAAACAUGCAACAGAAUAGUAAUAGGUAUAAAACAUUUGUGUAAGCUCACUUGCUCUGGUAAUGGUAACUUAAAUGUAGAGUCUGGCCUUUUUUGCUGUAUGCAGUAACAGAUCACCUAGAUUCUGAAAUGUAAAAGUGUUUGCAGUGAUUUAAGAAAUGUCUAUCAUGUAAAUAGGGGUAUUAGAUCUUUAGUUUGAUGGAGGCUAAUAAAAAGUCAAGUGUUCUGUAUUUUUAAUGGGCUAUAUGUCUUUUUAGAUUGACCUUUUCAUAUUUUUACUUCCUGCUAUAAAGUCCAUUCUAAUUUGUUUUGCUUUACUUUGAAAUUUAGAUCAGACUUGUCAUCUUUGUAAGUUAUACUGAAAACUAUGUAUGUAUUAGUAUUGUUAAUUUUAUGAGAUGAUGGUUUGUUGGGUUUUUUUCUGCAGUUAAAAAGGUGUAAAUUCA